GACACAACUGCAAGGAACCAUGUAAUGAUACAUAAUGUAUCACGCACAUCACAACUGUACUUAUUUAUUACGCUUUAUCAUUUACAAAAUAAAGUGGUGAACAUAGAUCUUUAUUUUACAUACAUUCGUUUCACCCAGUGCGGAGUAGAUCAAUGGAACCCACCUUAUAGCUCGCUUUCUACGCUUUGUACAUAAAAAAAUAGAACUUUCCACACAAAUAUUUCACAGAAUUCUAAUUUAAAAUGACAAGGGAUUAGAUGAAGAAGAAAAGUAUUUAUAAGAAUAUCUGUUGCUUACAUCAUCUCAUACCUUACGACCCAUAAUCAGCGUUACGCCGUGACUCCAGCAUGCAGUCUUCUGCACAAAGCAGGAGACAAAGGUAAAGCCAAAGCACAAACAGGACCAGACAUAGUAUAACAAUACAAAUAAUAGCAGGAUUUCGUAUAAGCUUGGGAUAAUUCAACGAGAUGCCAACUGGAUCUUUUUUUUUAAACGGACGAAGAGAUAAACUAAUAAUAUUAAUAUUUAAUAUUGUGAAUGACAAACGGUACAAUUCAUGAUGACAGAAUUCAAUUACAUUCUCUGGCUGCUAUAUAUUAGGCUGAUCCAAAUAUGGUUCAAUCGUCAAACUGGUUUUUGGGUGGUACGCGAUUGAUUCUUGACAUUCUUCCAGGCAAUUUCUUACACUGUGAGUGCCGAGCUACCCAUUUUUUGUGAUAGUAAUUUUAGUGUCAUAAAAUAUGAUGCAUAAGUUAAAGAGAGGAGAUUUGUGCUACUGGAACAAACCUACUUCAACUCAUUGUCUCAUUUCGUACAGCGUGGAAUAAAGAGAUUUUCAUUCGUCUCAGGAGAUCUUUUGCAUAGCCCAAGGCAAGAGAAUCGACCCACAAUCAAACCAAGUCACAAAUAUCACUUCGCCUUAAUUGGACUUUAUCCAGCCUCAAGUCAAGUAGAUAGACCUGAAUUUAUUAUUAUUAUUUGUGAGCCACCAAAGCGGUUCUGAUUGUGUGUCUAGACGUCACACAGUUCCGUACAAAGUUACAAACCACAAUGGCGUCUGAACAUUCAAGUGUCAGUGAUAACCACAACGCAAUCUCCGCUGAGAAAUGGGCUGCAAUCUGCCUCCUGACAUCUCUCUCUAUAAUCUUUGGACUGUUUCCCUUUUUAAUUUUCUCCUGUUAUCGACGAGUGAUUCGGACUGACACCGUUUUUUACAAAACGGUCCUGUCUUCACUCUCCAGCAUUUGUGGUGGUGUUCUCCUAGCUACAACAAUGCUGCACAUCCUGCCAGAAGUUAGAGAAAAAGCAGCUUCUCUUAGCAAUGAAGACGGAUUUCCAAGAGUUUUUCUAGGAUUCACGGCUUCAAAUGAGCCAAGACUUCCUCCAGCCGAAUUUCUCAUGAUUUUUGGAUUCUGCCUUAUUUACGGACUAGAAGAAGCGGCACAGUUCAUGCUGAAACUGAAGUGCAGUUGUAGUACAAGUCUUAGAAGACGUCAAAAGCAUAAAUAUUCUUCACAACAUGUGAAACAGCAAGAGCAUUUUAGACUUGGAACAACGUAUGAAUUGGAUAUGGAAGUUUCAGACAAGAAAUAUAUCCAGGCAUCAAGUGGAAUAGCUAUGACGGAGUGUCAACACUUGGAACUAAUUAAACCGGAAUGCAAAUCAUUGCAAUUUGACCAGCCUUGUGAAUCAUGCGACUCUCCGAUAUCUAUUACCUUGUCGCACUCGGAUUCGUCCAACUCAACAUCUUCUUCUCCCAACAGCAACCUGAAGGGCUCUGUUCUUACCCUGAAUCAUUUGAAGGAGGAAAUUGCCACCCCUUUUGGGUUACUCAGGUCUCUCGUGUCUUUGUUGGCCUUAUCAUUCCACGCCGUCAUGGAAGGCAUAGCGGUUGGAGUUGGCAAAAACCACUCCGACAUUUGGAUGACAUUUGGAGCCAUUGCUUCGCACAAAUGUAUCAUAGCGUUAGUCUUAGGUAUGGAAAUGAUGAAGUCGAAUAUGAACUGGAAAACACUGGUUGCCUCCAUUUUCAUGUUUUCUAUUGUGUCGCCAAUCGGAAUUUUCAUUGGAUCGAUUAUGGUCACUGGGGAUGGUAACUCGGGAUGGAUAGUUGUGGUUGAGGGACUGGCAUCAGGCACGCUUCUGUAUAUAAUUUUCUUCGAAAUUCUUCCGCCCACCGAUUCCCACGAGAGUUCUGACGAGUCCAUCAGCCUAGAGAACAAUACCACCGAUUAUACUUCUGGGAUAAAGAGUAAACCCCGUCACGACAAAAAAUCAAAGCUUAAUAUCCAGGGAUUGUUAAGAUUUGUUGGGACAUUUUUAGGUGUACUUCUUGCAUCCUAUUUAAUAAGCAUUUUCCCACAUGUACAUAAUAGUCAUAGUAGUUUAAGUCAUGUCAAAGCGAUAGAUUCUACUCACUCAUUGUGCGGCGAGCAUGAUCAUGUAUAGCACAUACUUAAUAAAUAUGCAGUUGAAAUUGCCAUUAUGCAUUAGUCUAUUAUACUUCAGCGGACAAAAAAGAUUUAGUCAGAUUCCUAAAAUUUAUGAAUCAUGAGCAUAGUCUAUGAUCGUUUGAAGUUCGAGUAACAUAUAUAAUUAACCAAAUAUAAUGACCUGAUUAUCUGUAAUCAUAAUUAUUAAUGUAUUUAUAUUUCUGGUAAUCAAACAAAAUUAAAAUGUUAUGAUUUUGCUAAGUUUGUAUAAAUAAAAGUUGACAGAAAGUAUCUAGAUAGUGACGAAUAUUAAUAAUAAACUACUUACCUACUUACUGUUA